AUGCCAUUACCAUUACCUUCGAGCUUUGCCUCAGCCGCUGCUGGCAUUAAUCAAGAUUCAAAGAAAGACGGUGCUAUGAGCGGAGAAUGGACGCGGUCUCGUACAAACGGAGCAACACAAACGUUUCGUCGCCCUUCUGUCGCGACAAAUUUAUCGCACAACCGUGAUAGUAGCAGUCAACCUACAUCUACUCCCACUUCUGCAGCAUACAUUCCUCCUCAUAUGACCUCCAACUAUCAAUCUCGCAACGGUUCGACAGUUGACAGCCGAUACUCCAAGGAAGACCUUCUGAGCAUCUUUAAGGGUCAACGAGAUUCAGGAGCGUUGGGAAAGAAUAUGGGGGACCAUUUCUUAGCCUCGUGGAACCCGCUUGAUGAUACAGCAGCUACGAAUGGUGCGUGGGCAAAGAAAGAGGACCAAAAAGAUUCUCCACCCGGCCCUGAGGUUUGUUGGGACCAUUUGGGACAUUAUGAACCACUUGGUUUAAUAGAUAUGACGGAGGAGGAACGUGAGCUCUUCUCGACUACUGUCAACUCUCCAUUGAAACCUCCACCAUCAAGCGCCACUAAAGACAAUACUCCUGGUGUCGUUGGACGCAAAGCCUCCGUCUCUCACUCUACUUCGUUCAACACCUCAUCACCUAGCUCUGGACGACCGGGUACGCGACGCCGAGAGACUCAAGAUUCAACAGGCAAUCCCAUGUCUCCGACCGCCGGUUCUCGUUUCUUCCGAGAAGAGCCAAACACAACCACCCCUCCUCCUUCUCUCCUCCGCCGUAAGACCGACCUUCGGGAUGCAGGAUCGACUGCCAAACAGUUAGAAGAGAAGGAUAAACCCAAGGAUUUACCGGACAUUUCAUCACCUUUUGGAUCUUUGAAGCGGAGUGCUACGAAUCCAGUUGUCAGUGGCUUAGCUGGCACUUCUUCGCCUUGGACGUCGGCUUCCCAGACUGCCAAUAUGUCACCGAUGGGCGCAUUUGGAAGCUUUUCACUGGCUACUUCUAGCCCGCAAGCCCCGACAUCUGCUGUUGAGAAAAGACCUGGCUUCGGUAGUGUCCGUGGUGAAAGCAGAUUCAAGGGGUUGCUCUCGAAAGAUAGCUCGGAAGAUGUUGGAAUGCUCGCUAAGGACAAGGAUUUGGCAAAAGAGAUAGAGCGUCUUGCCGAAACUGAGGGAACAAGUCGUUCGCAAUCGCCAUGGAACGAAAUUGUCAAGACUCGCGCAACCCGAAGCGAAACGAAUCCAUUUGAUGAGCCCCGUAGUGGAAGCGCUGCUUUGGGCGGUUCUGAGGAAGUUGGUUCGACACUAGACGAGCUCGGGUUUGCCGCUUUUGGCAUGACGGCAGGCGUUCCUGGUCUUCGAGAUCUGCUCGGUCGUGGCGACGGUGCCCAUGGUUCUCCAAGUCACCUCCAGGGUCUUGAACCAACCAGUCCGACAAAUACUAACCCCUAUCAAAGCCCGCGAGGUGAAAAGGUUGAUGACGAUGUCGACACUGAUGGCUCUGAUGUGCAGAGAAGCCAGCAUCCAGGCAUCAGUGGCUUGCGUGAUGACGCUGCUGCCGCUCCCUUUGGCUCUAUCCGUCGAGGUGGUUCUGCUCUGGAUAUGUCCACUGGUGACCGCAGUCAAACUUCUAGCGUAGGCCCUGGCAGGGGCUUCUCUAGUCUUGGCGGGUUGGCUGGUCUUCCUGCUAUCGGUGGGUCAGGGGCAUGGCCGUCUGCCGGGGCAAUUGGCACGCCAACACGUGAACGAGCUGCUUUUACCGGAUUUGGUGAUCCUAUCUUUGGGUCUAUGGCCGAAGUCCAGUCUCCGGGUCUUUCUACGCUUGGUGCAGGUGGUUUCUUCGGCUCUCACGGGGGACUUAGUGGAACGGGAAGCAUCGGCCGGGCGAGCAAGAUGGGCUCUCUUUUCCCGCCUUCUAUGCAAGACAAUGCCACGGGUGAUAUUGGACGUCAGGAAGACGGAAGUAGGUCUCAAGAUCUUAAACCUUCUACAUCAACGCCCUUGCAACUUCCAACCACAUCUGCCGGUAGUGCUUUGGCGACUCCACUGGCUUCCACUGAAGUCUCACAGAAUCAACAAGGAUUGUCUACUGGUGGCUCCAAUGCUUUGCCUACGGCUCAGCAACGAACUAUGGUUAUGCCGGAUCGCAUGAGAUGGAUCUAUCGUGAUCCUCAGGGAAACAUUCAGGGACCUUGGUCAGGACUAGAAAUGCACGAUUGGUUCAAGGCGGGAUUCUUCACUGCUGAGCUUCAAGUCAAGAAGUUGGAGGAUCCUGAAUUCGAGCCUCUGGCUCAACUUGUACGUCGAAUUGGAAACUCACGCGAGCCAUUCCUUGUACCUCAGAUAGGCAUACCUCAUGGUCCUGAGCCCAACCAAGCUGCAACAUGGGGUGCUUCAACACAGCCCGGCGCUGCUCAACCUCCGUUCGCAAACAGUUUCCCGACCUUCGGAACCACACUCACUGCGGAGCAGCAGAACGCAUUGGAACGGAGAAAGCAGGAGGAACAGUAUCUCAUGGCUAGGCAGAAAGAGCAUCUUGCUCAACAACAAGCUAUGAUGAAGCAAAUUCAAUUGCAGGGCGGACCGCAUACAGCACAGCCUCAGCUACAACAUCAUUCCAGUGCUCAUAGCCUUCAAAGUCAGCCAAGUUUUGGAAGCAUCACUUCUCCCACAGGAGGCUAUCAGCAAUCUCCUAUCCAGGGACCUAUUCAGCCUCCACAGCCGAUGCCAGGUUACUUCGAUGGUCCCUUCAGACAAAAUACCCUCCCUUUCGGGUCACAAAUGCUCGGGACUGACUUUGGGUCGCACGAAGAACUUCCUGGCUUUCUUGAUCGCUUGAGUUUGAAUCGGCCCGGUCCCUUUCCUGUAAACUCUCAAGGCUCAUUUAGCGGUCGUCAGCAAGAAGCCGGCAUACACCCGCAACAGGUCAAUUCAAUCUUGCAGGAACGCGCACGCCUUCAACAAGAGCAGGACCAAUACGAUAAAACCCAUUCAGACAAUAUUUUCGAACAACAAGCGCGAGAAGAGCGUUUACGCCAAUUUCAUGCUCUCCGCUCAGAUGAAGAGGAGAACCUGUUGAGAAGCAGCGAAGGCUUAUCGUCAAUUCCAGCCUCCGCCACGGGACAGCAAGCUGAAUCUGCUCAGGAGCUACAUGAAGAAGAAUCUUUUUUGCAAGACCAGGAGACGUCCAUCAAUGAACCACUCUCUCUUUCCCAGCAGGUGCAGAAGGCAGCUACGGCACAAAGACAACAACAGCAACAGCAAAAGCAAGCUCAAGCUGAGGCUGCAUGGGUAGCCAAGGGGGAUCCCGGCAUUCCCCAUCCUUUCCCACCUCCGCCAUCUCAAUCUCCUCUUCCAGCACCGGCUGCUCAGCGGAAUCGUCAGCACGUCGCUGAUGCUCUUGCUGCAACUUCUCGCUCUCAGAACCAGACACCUGUUGAAACUCCGUACGCUUCCGUUGCUCCUUGGGCGAAGGACAACAUUGAAGCACCCAAGGGUCCGUCUCUGAAGGAGAUUCAGGAGGCAGAGGCACGCAGUGCAGCUCAGCGCGAAGAACUAGCAGCACAAGCUCGUCGUGCUCAGCUUCUAGCUGAACAGGAGCGUCUCUCGCAGGUACAACAAGCAGCAGCACCCGGGUUGCCAUCAACAGCCAACUGGGCCAGCAGUGUGUCUCCUGUCACCCCCAGCACUGCCAGUACAGCUUGGUCCAAGCCAGCUGCAAAGGCUACUGGCACACCCGCCAAGACUCUUGCUCAGAUUCAAAAGGAAGAGGAGGCACGCAAGCAAAAAUUGGCCCAAGUCAGUGCUGUUCAGACAGCCGUCACCACCGCCGCUUCUCCGGUAUCUGGAAAGCGGUACGCUGAUCUCGCCAGUAAAGUGGCUGCCUCGCCAACCACUGCGGCUGCUUCUGGUGCAUGGACUACGGUUGGUGCCGGCGGCAAAGCUAAAGCACCACUAGCUGCUCCAGUUGGCCCUCGCUCCACUAGCGCUACACUUGCUACUCCUCAAGUUGCCAAGCCACGACCUGUAGCUCCAGUCAAAACUACGACCAUUGCCACCACCCCAGUCUCGAAUGCAAACCGCGCAAACGAAGAGUUCACAAAGUGGGCUAAGAUAACCCUGGGCAAGGGUCUCAACAAUGGAAUCAAUGUCGACGACUUUGUACAACAACUACUCUUCUUACCUGCCGAAGCGGAAAUCAUUUCCGACUCUGUCUAUGCCAACUCUCAGACAUUGGAUGGUCGCCGUUUCGCUGAAGAAUUUAUUCGCCGUCGCAAGCUUGCCGAUAAGGGAAUCGUUGACCCUGUCAGCAGCAGCGCAUUCACUGAUCAGAAGGCGGCUUCUGGCGGCUGGAGCGAGGUUGCAAAGAAAUCUUCAAGCCAGCCUAAGCAGGAGGAUGAGAGCGCUGCUACGUUCAAGGUUGUCGCUGGCAAGAAGAAGGGCAAGCGGUAA